CUCUCUCCCCGUUUCUCUAUGAUUUGGCCUUUCGUUCGCUGGAAAUUAAAUGAUGGCAGGUCUGAAGUUCUAGCAAAAGAUUUAAUGUACAAAAGCAUUUUUAGAUAUUCAGCUGUACGGGCAUUACUGUUUUACCUCCUUGGCUUUAUUCAUCAGUUUUGGACAUGACAGCAUUUAAAAGGUUAAUGCCCAUUUUCAUGGCUGUUGGCUGUCUCAUUAGUCAUGGAACGACACAGCAACAAUGCUCAAAUGGGUUUGAGAUGGAGCGUGUGUCAGGCCAAUGCUUAGAUGUUGAUGAAUGCCGCACUAUUGCUGAGGCCUGUAGAGGAGACAUGGUGUGUGUCAACCAAAAUGGCGGCUAUUUAUGCAUUCCACGAACAAAUCCUAUCCAGCGAUCCCCAUAUAUGAAUCCUUACAUACCUAGUGUGUACCCACCGCCUCCAGUCCCAGCUCCUGCUCCAAAUUAUCCUACUGUUGGAAGAGUGCCUCCCAUUUGUCGGUUUGGGUAUCGAAUGAAUGAAAACAACCAGUGUGUAGAUGUCGAUGAAUGCGCAACUGAAUCACAUCAGUGCAACCCUACCCAAAUCUGCAUCAACACUGAAGGAGGAUAUACUUGUUCCUGCACUGAAGGAUAUUGGCUUUUAGAAGGCCAAUGCUUAGAUAUAGAUGAAUGUCGCUAUGGAUACUGUCAUCAGCUAUGUGCCAAUGUACCUGGCUCCUAUUCCUGUACCUGCAACCCAGGAUUUGUACUGAAUGAAGAUGGAAGAUCGUGUCAAGAUGUGAAUGAAUGUACAACUAACAACCCUUGUGUACAAAACUGUAUCAACACCUAUGGCUCAUUCCUUUGUCGUUGUGAUCCUGGCUAUGAAUUGGAAACCGAUGGCAUUAGCUGUACUGAUAUGGAUGAAUGCAGCUUCUCAGAAUUUCUCUGCCAGCAUGAAUGUGUUAAUCAGCCAGGUAGCUACUACUGUUUCUGCCCGUCUGGCUACGUUCUUGUUGAGGACACUCGUUGUCAGGAUGUUAAUGAAUGUGAGGUUGGGAAUCACACUUGUAACGUGCAGCAAACAUGUUUUAAUUUCCAAGGAGGAUUCAAAUGCCUAGACCCAGUAAGAUGCGAGGAUCCUUAUAUCCGGAUCAAUGAAAAUCAUUGUAUAUGUCCAACUGAAAACCCUAGCUGUAGAGACCAGCCAUUCACCAUCUUGUACAGAGACAUGGAUGUAUCAGGACGUACUGUGCCCUCCGAUGUAUUUCAGAUGCAAGCAACCUCUCGCUAUCCUGGGGCUUACUACAUCUUUCAGAUUAAAUCAGGAAAUGAAGGCAGAGAAUUCUAUAUGCGGCAAACUGGACCUAUCAGUGCCACGCUUGUGAUGACUCGUCCUCUGAAGGGGCCACGUGACAUUGUGUUGGACCUGGAGAUGGUCACUGUUAACACUGUCAUCAAUUUCAGAGGAAGUUCUGUCAUUCGACUGAGGAUUUAUGUAUCACAAUAUCCAUUCUAAACCUAGACUGGCAUUGCUUUCUUUAAAACUACCACAGCAACAGCUGAAAAAGGACCCUUUUCUGCCCAAACUUUUUUUUCUCAGAAGUCAAUUCUUCUAACAAUUCAACUUGAAAUUAAUAUUCAAACAUGUCACAAUGGUUCAUGUUACAAUAACUGGACAGUACUUCUUGUGGUUUAAAGGCACUUGAGCUUUGAAUUAUCAUUGGAUUCCAUAGAGUUAUUUUAUUUUAUUUUAUUUUGCUCAUGAGUGUUUAGAUACUUUGGUCUUGCUUUCCAAACUUUUUCUAAAGUGUGAUUAAAAGCUUUAAAAACUGUGAAGAUUUUCACUGUAAUGGCAAUGCUGUUUAGCCAAAACACUAGAGAAACUGGGGAAAGUUGGCUUCUACUGUUGUUUUCUAAAAACGAAAGAAAAAUGAGUAAAAAAUGCUUGUGGGACCAGGAAAGCAUCAGCUACUCUCUCAAAAAAAAAAUAAUUAUGGAAUAAUCUUACAUUCCGAACCCUGGGUCUGAUUCAGGGAGAAUAAUUCCUUAUUGGUUUUGUUUUAUACUUUCCCCCUUUAUUUCCAGGCCAGGGAAUUGACUGCCUGGAGAUCUUAACUAGAAUCCAAACCAACCACAGCUAUAACACUUGCUUAAGAGAACUUUGCACUUAUACUUCUUGAAUAUACCCAUUUACACUCUAGGCAACCUGUUCUUAAAAUAGACAUAAUUUUCAAAAACAGCUUUUUGAAACAACAUAGAUGGCAUGUCAAACUUAAUGCUCAACUUUAAAAUAUUUUUUUAAAAAGUCAUUUCAGGCACAAGAAAACAGGCACACAUAAAAUAAUUAUUUGGAUAUGGCCAUUACGGAUAGUAUGAUGUAAUUUAAUGACAUACUUUAAAAUAUUUACUCAAAAAGAGGCCAUUAUCUUUUCAUUAUCUAUUCCAGACCCAUUUCCUUAAUAGUCACAAAGCAGCCUACUGCUGUGUAAUGAUAGUUCAAUAUGAAAUCAGCAGAAAAAAAUCCACACAUAUAGGUCAUUUUAGCAACUCUAACAGAACCAUUUUUAUUCUUAGUUUUAUUAUGCUUAUUUUAUAUUACUCUUUUUUUCUGCAUAGGAAAAACAUGCAUCUGCAAUUCAAGAAAUACCCAGGCUAGUAAUUAGGAUGGCUCAAUAACAGAGUAUAUAAGUUCCUAGCUUAGUUCCCAGUGUUUCCAGUUAAAGACCUCAGGAAGCAGAAUGGGAAUAUCUAAUGCCUUAAAGAACUGUAACAAGUAACCGCAUCCAUUAAAUUGGCUAGUGGUUUGACCUUGAAAAAGGUAGCUUUUUCUGCAUAUUAAAAAACUAGAUGUACUGUAUUCAGUGAUAUAUGUUCUAAAUACAGAUAGUCCUUGAUUAACAACCACUCGUUCAGCAACAAUUUUAAGUUAUGAAAGUUCUGAAUGAGGCAAAUUACAGUUGAUCCUCAAAGUUGCAGCUGUCGUGGCAUCUCUGGGGGUGACAGUAUCACACUUUGGGUGUUUGGCCUGGGAGUACAGUGGUUAGAA